UCAGAUUAUUGGGAUCAGAAGAGGACUAGACAAUCAGAUUAUUGGGAUCAGAAGAGGACUAGACAAUCAGAUUAUUGGGGUCAGAAUUCAGAACACGUGUCUGAAAGAUGUCUCGCAGGGGACGGAGAACCAGCAAAGAGUUUUAUUAUGAGAGUCCUCGUCCCGUAUCGGAGUACAGUUCACUAAAUAAAUCGACCGUCGUCCGCCAUGACUCGAGGUCGUCAGAGGAGUGGGUGAUCAAAACAGCGCAACUGGAAUAUGAGCGGAAGUUGCGCAAAGAAACCGAAGAGAGAUGUCGACAGUUAACGUACAAAGUAGAACAUACGCAGGCUAUACUUAAUCUCCGGAAUGGGGAGUUAGAGAAGGAACGGAAUGGCCGAAAGGAGGCGGAGCUAAUGUGUCAAUCAUUAAAGACUACCAUUGACAAACUCGAGCAGUAUCUCAAAAAGAAAAACACCGUAGAUGGGCAGCAUUUCAUCCCUGAAUCAAAUACAAACAUUUCCAUGUCUGAAAUCACCCGACUGCAGGACCAGCUCCACAUACGGGACACACAGGAUGACAAUUUUCAAAACGCGGCUCAUCAGACGGAAACUUCAAAACCAAAGACUGUUCAAGUUGCUGCCUCAAUCCAUACCAAAGAUGAUUCCAACUCCACGUGCCAGUCCCUCAAGUUCAGAGAUUUCCGAGACAACGAGCUCGAGUUUUAAUUCCUCAAGUUCAGAGAUUUCCGAGAUAACGAGCUCGAGUUUUAAUAAUCAGCUGAUCAAGGUUCAGAAAUCCGACCCUCUGUGAUGAAAUGAACACGCCUGUUACAUAUCUAUCUAACACUUAAAAAAAUUGACGCUUGAAUCAUUCAAUCAAUUCAAAACAUUUGAAAUCUUGUCAAUUUCAUCAUCAUACACAUUUUAAAUUAUAAUCAUUUCCAUGGGAUUGUAAUGCAAACUUUUUAUGCCCCCCCCCCCCCCCCCCCGGCAAUCGUAGAUUCAGGGCGUGUAGUUCUUGGCCUGCUCAUCUGUCUGUUUGUAAAAAGUUAAUUUUGGUCGUAACUUUGGAAUGGAUGGUGAUAGGGCUUUCAUAUUUCACAUGUGUAUUUCUUGUGACAAGAUACUUCUUUUGAUACCAAACUUUUUGGACCUCAUGACCUUGGGCGAUAUGUGAGGGCAUUAGUCUUUCACAAACACAUCUUGUUAUUAAAUGUAUUGUUCUUUGUUUUACUUUAGUUAAACUGUACCUUUGCUCUUGUGGACUUGCAUGAAUUUAAGCUAUGCCUGUUGUCUUAUCCAAAAUAUUGUAUCAAAAUAAAAUCAUCAUAAAACAGUGAUGAAAUCAA